GACUGUUUUCUGAGCUGUCUCCCUACACAGAACUCUGCUUGUGUGAGCUCAAGACUUCUCUCUCUCAUUCUGGGUUCCACACUCAGAACUCAGGUAUCUACUCCCCAGCUGGUAGUUCCCUUUCUCUAAAAUGAAGGACAAAAGUCAGAAAACAACCAAAGAUCUUUAGAAAAAUGAGAUUGCCUAGAAGUGGGAUGGAAACAGAGGGAAAGGUGGAGUCAGACUACCCAAGACAAGGCUCUCACUGCUGGAGUUUUGAAGGAAGGGGAACUAGGUGAACCAGUUGCCAGGACAACCUGCUGUUGGGGCAAGGGCAGUCGGGGCAAGGAUAUGGGAGACCUGUGGCUGCUCCUGCUCCUGCCCCUGUCCCUGGCAGCCUUCCAUGGGGUCAAAGGCUGUUUGGAAUGUGAUCCCAAAUUCAUCGAGGAAGUUAAAUCCUUGCUUGGAAAGCUGGUACCCCCAGAAGUCCCUGGCCGAACUCAUAUGCUUGAACGGCAGAUGAAGGAGAUGAUCCGUUUAAGCUUCAAGGUCUCCCACAGGGACAAGAUGCUUCGGGUGUUGGCUGUUCAAAAGGUUGUCAAUUUGAGAACAUGGCUGAAGAUCGAACUUGAUAAACUGAGCAAGGAAACAUGGAAAGGUGUCUUUAUCCUUCAAGGCAGGCUUCUCGAUAUCCGCAAAAACCUGGACUCCAAACUGGAAAAACUAUUAAAGAAAUUCUCUGAAGUUGCUUGUUCUGAAGAUUGUGUCGUGACUGAAGGUCCUAUCCUGGAUUGUUGGACAUGUCUUCGCAUCACCUCUCGAUGUUUCAGAGGAGAAUAUUGUGAAGAGGAUGAUCCAAAGAAGGCUGAGAAUCGAGAAAUUGGACUAUUUCUGAUAUUAUUAGCAGAAGGUGUAAUAUUGGGAGGUGUUUUGCUGCUAUUCCAUUUUUGCAUCUCUCACCGGAGGAAAAUGAAGGCAAUACGAAGGUCAUUAAAGACAUACUUGGAGAAGAAACUUGAAGAAUUAAUGGGGAUAAAGGAUGAGAAGGAGAAAGAUUUCAGAGGCAGAGAAUAAAUACAUAGACACAGGCAGGAGGUCUUUCUUAAUUCUCUUAUAUGUUGACUCCAAGUAGAAAAUCAGGAAUUAAGCUCUUUUGCAGUCAUAAAGUCAAAGUAUUCUAAAACUGAACUUAGUUUCUCUGGUAAAGAUCCUUUCUGAUAUGCUGAGGGCAAUGGAAGCAAACAUUUUACUGGAAGUUGGACAGAAAGCAAUGCUGGUAUGUAGCAACACACAUGAAAGAUGAUACCCUGCAUAAUAACAAAGAGUGGAUGGUAAUCUAAGAUUCCACAGAAAAGGUAAUAAAGAUGUAGUUUUAUUUCUCAUUCUAUCAGUCUAAGCAUCCAAACAAUGGACUUAAUUUGUGUAACUAUUACCAACAAAAUUUUAAGUAUGGUUUUGGUUCUUUUGUUAAAAAAAAGGCAAAAUAAAAGAAGUGGAAUCAAUUUUCUGAUAGUGUAGAUUCCAUUUAGGAUAAUGAUGAAAUAGAUGAAAAAUUUAUGCUUGCAGAACAGAACUUGUCAUUUUUCUAAACUUGUUUUUUCCUAUGAUGUCAACCCAUGUUCAACUUAUUAUAAAUAAAGUUCUUUGUAAUCACAUUUUUCAAAAGAAUGCAUGGUUGGUAACUCUCAUUAAUGUCUUUAAUUAAGAUCACUUUCAAAUGUCUAGGGCUGUUUUAUUUCCAUCUUUCAUUUAGUAACUGUUUCUAUAUUUAUCAGUAGGUUCAAUGCAGGAAAUUUUCUUUGACAUUACAUAGCAUUUAAUCUUCAUCAUGAUAUCACACACACACACACACACAAAAGUCCAAAAUAUGAGUUCUGAGUUGAGAUUUGUCCCAUUUUCCAUAAAUCUAUGUUCUAUGAUUGAGUUGGAUAUUGCCUUAGUCUAGCUGUUCUUAUUAAACACUUCUAAUGUGUAUAUUAAAUCUUAAUUAGUGUUUUACAUCUAUCAAAUUGAACUCUCACAAUAAUCUUUUGAGUAAUAUUGUUAUUGACCUCAGCACUAUGAAUGAGGAAACAGGAAAAUAUCUAACUCAAGGUCCCACAACAAGUAAUUUAGGCUAUGACAAACUCCCCUGGUGGCUAACCUUACUCAUACCAUCUGAUUGAAACUGACAUCUAUAAUCAUGGAGAUAAAUGGAAAGAUGGUUAAGUGUGGGUUUACUGUCAACAUAUUCUUGAUUACAGACAGUGGUGGCAAAACCUGGAAUAAAACUGCUGCUGCUGCUGCUAAGUCACUUCAGUCGUGUCCGACUCUGUGCGAUCCCAUAGAUGGCAGCCCACCAGGCUCCCCAUCCCUGGGAUUCUCCAGGCAAGAACACUGGAGUGGGUUGCCAUUUCCUUCUCCAAUGCAUGAAACUGAAAAGUGAAAGCGAAGUCGCUCAGUCGUAUCAGAAUAAAACUGAGGCCUGGCUAACUCUAAAACACAUGCACUUUCCACUCUAUUUUGUUUUGUUCUAUUCUGGAAGCUUAUUCUGAAAGAAUAACACCACAGUUUAUUGGUAGGAAAAUAGGCCCUGCUUCAGUGGCACAUGUGUGCAUGCU